ACAAAGUAUAUGACAGUAAAGAGAAUUCGCAAUAAUCAGAGAUUGCAAUGUUAUAUCUACUGUCUAUGGCCUGAUAGUUAUAGUCAUUUGCUCAAUUAAUUAACCUACCGAUUUAUUAAUAUGUUAAAGAAUUUAUUGAAACCAUUUGCAAUUCAUUUAAUUUAAUAUUACUGAAUUGAAUUGUUAUGAGAUAAUUAACGUACGCAUAAUUAUUAUGUAUUCACACUGGAGAGAUAAGAUUAAAUAUUUAUUAAAGAAGCACGUUUCUUUACUAAGCUAUUUGCACAUUCUAAAUGUAUGCACACUUGUAUUCAUUCUACUUCUCAAGAGAGUUUAUAUUUUUUGUUUAAAUGUUAGAUGGAUUGGUUACGCCACGUUCGCAUGUAUAAUCAAUUCUUCCAUAUACAUGUGAUAUAUGAGCGGAAAAAAUGGGCACCUUCCAUGAAGAUUUAAAUUACCUUUCUUAGAAUCAUUUUUUUCAAACAUUUUAUUUAUCAAUUUUGAAAUAAAUCAGGAUUUCAUAGUAUUAUUCAUUUUGUAUAGAUAUAUAUUGUGUCACGUCCAUUGUCAUAAGUUUUAUGACAACUGUUCAAGUUUCGAGUUCGAAACUCAGUGUAUAUAUAUAUAAACAUGUGAACGUUUCUGUUCUUUGUGCCUGUCUAUGUAUGUAUUAUACAAAUAUAUCUGGAUUCAGUGUCGCUGCACUUGUUCACCACUGUCAUUCAGUCUCAUUUGAGCAAUAGCUCGAGCUGAUUGUGUUUCUCCGUACAAUUCAAUUCAGCUAAACGAGUUUAGUUGUGAAAACACAUUCCAAAUUAAAAAGUUGUUCAAACACUUAAGAAUGUUUUCUAUCAAUACUUAGUAUAUACUAUGUAACCAUCUUUUAAAUUGCUUAAUGAUCGUUAUUGAAAUGAGAAUGCAUAUUAUACAUACAACUACUUGGAACUAUCAUUAUGAAUUACUCAAAUUGCGCAUCUAUCCUUGAAUUCACAUAAUAUAUCAGCCUAAUGUCUGUAUGGUCAACAAGCACCGGACGCAACUCAGUGUUUGGUGCAGAGGGUGGAUCAACAAGACCGUCUGCUGCUCAGCCGACACCACUUUACGUUCAUUCACACUCUCAUUUGCAUACUAGUGACGGUCAUUGCUUCCAUAAACGAUAUUAUAAUUGUCAAGCUAAAAUGUCUCAAUCAGGAGAUGGCCUCCAUACACCAAGUUAUCUUUCAUGGAGAAAAUUACAGCUUAGUAGAGCCAAACUUAAAGCUUCUAGUAAAACUUCAGCUUUACUUUCUGGAUUUGCUAUGGUGGCAAUGGUGGAAGUACAGCUGAAUGCCGAAACUAAAGUUCCCACAGAAAUGUUAAUUGCUUUUGCUGUUUGUACAACGUUACUUGUAGCUGUUCACAUGCUUGCCUUGAUGAUUUCAACGUGUAUUUUACCAAAUAUUGAAGCUGUUUGUAAUCUCCAUAGUAUAAGUCUUGUUCAUGAAUCUCCGCACGAACGACUGCAUUGGUACAUCGAAGUUGCUUGGGCUUUCUCAACUCUUCUUGGACUUCUUUUAUUUCUUUUAGAAAUAGCUAUUUUAUGCUGGGUAAAAUUUUAUGACUUUUCACAAGUUGCUGCAUGGUCAGCUUGCAUCGUGCUCAUCCCAGUUCUCAUCAUUUUUCUUGCAUUUGCUAUUCAUUUUUAUCGGAGUCUUGUGGCGCAUAAAUACGAAGUGACAGUGUCAGGAAUAAGAGAACUGGAACUUCUGAAAGAGCAAAUUGAAUCUACAGAUGUUGAAGGGAGAAAUGGACUCAAUAUGUUACAACAAUCUAGCACACACAUUGUUUGAAUAUUAGUGCAAUUGUGUUUAAAACAGUGAAAUGAACCAAUUUUUAACGACGUCUUCCGAUUGGUUUUUCACAGUGGUUCAGUGAGUGAUUUAUAAAAAUUAUUAAUAUUCCAUAAAAAUUAUUUUGCUCUAUUAUAUCUUGUACAUACCCCAAUACAUUCCCUUUUUCACGCAUCGUGACUUAAUGAUAUUAUUAUAAUACAAUCUAAUAAUGAACUAACUAAUUGAGUAAUUGAUGAGUUGUAUUGAAUCUUUUGGGUUCAGUUAUUAGACCAUACUAUUAGUCAUUUCUACCUCCAAUGGUUUACUGAUUAUCAUUGAUAGUGGGGUCCUACAAAGCCAACAUUUAUAUUAAAAAAAUAUAAUUAAUAAAUAACAAUUAGAAUGAUAAAA